AUGAAGAACAUCGCUGUAGUCACAUUGGCCGCUCUUGCGGCCACAGCGUCAUGUUCAGCCCCAGAGCCUACUGGGGCUAGCUAUGCGUCUGGGUUUGACAUGAAGAAGAGCUGGGCCAACCUAAGCCCCUACAAGGACGCUGAAAGCUUCGGUGUUCCCAAGGGCGUGCCGCAGGGCUGUGAAUUGUCUCAGGUCCAUGUCUUGCAUCGUCACGCCGAACGGUAUCCGACUGAUUAUCCUCUGGACGGUGAGGGUAUGCAAGAUUUUGCGACCAAGCUGACCAACUACACGAAAACCCACCCAAAGAAGCAGGUGGGCUCGGGUCCUCUGACUUUCCUGAACAACUGGAAAUACGUCCUUGGCUCGGAUGUCUUGAUGGAGACUGGUGCAGCCACCGAGGCGACAUCGGGAGCCCACUUUUGGACCAAAUAUGGUAGACUGCUGUAUCGCGCUGACCGCGACACCAUGGCGGCUUGGAAUUCUUCUCUCAAUGUCUAUCCCAAUGGCACCGAUCGCCCUAAGCCUGUCUUCCGUACUACAUCUCAGGCCCGUAUUUUGGAGAGUGCUCGUUGGUGGCUCAGUGGAUUCUUUGGUAACAGUGGUGCCAACAGCUCCUACAGUGAAUAUGAGCUUGUUGUAAUUCCCGAAGAGUCUGAUUUCAACAACACUCUUGCUUCAUACGAAACAUGCACGGGUGAUUACGUAGAAGGUGACAACUCAGCGGAGAAGUUCAUCCCUCGGUACACGAAGAAUGCGCGCUCUCGUCUGUCGACCUUUUUGCCUAGCGACUUCAACCUGACUGCACACGAUGUGCUUGCCAUGCAGAAUAUUUGCAUAUACGAGUACACCAGUCUCGCUGGGUCUUCGUUCUGCACCUUGUUCACCGAGCAGGAGUGGAAGGACUUUGAGUACAAUGUCGAUGUGCAGUACUAUGGAGACUAUGCCUGGGGAUCACCCACUGGCCGUGCCCAGGGUAUCGGCUACGUCCUCGAGCUCGCAGCCAGGCUUCAGCAGAAGCUGAUCACCUCCAGUGACACCAGCAUCAAUUACACAUACGAUAACAACGAAGCUCAAUUCCCCUUUGAUCAGCCGUUCUACAUGGAUAUGUCCCAUGACGAUAUCAUCCUCUCGGUGAUCAACGCCCUCGGCGUCGACUAUUUCAAGUACGGUCCCCACGGCCUGCCAGGCGACCUCGACCACGCCCCGAAGCGGAACUUCUCUCUUAGCGAGAUGACACCCUUUGGUGCUCGGUUCAUGUCUGAAAUUUGGACUUGCCCUCGCAACCACUCUUUCACCAACUUGGACCCGGUGCUCUACGAAAACCCCGCUGUAGAUUCCUCCAAUGAUGCCGCCAAGUACAUCCGUUUCGUCCUCAACAGUGCCCCUCUGCCUCUUGAGGGUGUUGUUGGCUGCGAAGGAGCCAGGAAUGGCUUCUGCCCUGUUGAUCGGUUUUUGCAUGGUGUCCCUACUAUGGAGCAUACUGCCAACUAUCAGAAAGCCUGCUUCGGUGACUAUCCGAAAGGAAGCCAAGUUGGAGACGGGGCGCCCUCUUCAUAA